AUGGAGCAGUUUGAAAUCGAUGAUUUUGACUACGACGCUAGUCCUCACAAAGAAGGCUUUUUGAAGCGGGCAUCGUUCUUCACCAAGAAGUUCGCCACCGCCUUCAGCAAUCGGGUCAUUGAUCCGGUUACUAAUUUAAUAGAUCCUAUCUACGAGGGCUUACUGUUCGUCAACCUGCAAUAUGAAAGAUCCAUAUUAAAAAUUGGUAACCCGUUGGUCGUCAAGCGGUUGGUAUACGUUGCGUUCAUGGUGGCGGUGUUCUACUUGGUGACACGCCAAACCGUCAAUGAAAGCAUCAAUGGUACAAGCGGUGGUGCCUUUUCUUCAGGGAAAUUUUACGAUAUCGACAAGCUUUCAAAUAUUAUUGAAGACCACAUAGACCCAAAGUCCAUGAAAGAACACUUGGAGUACUUUUCUUCAAUGCCCCAUGUGGCUGGUACCUCGGGGGACUUGGCCUUGAGUAAAUACAUUGAAACUUUCAUGAAGAACAACGGUAUACAGAAGAUUCAGAACGUGGAACUCCGAAGUUACUUGAACUAUCCGGCUGCCAGUAAAGCGAAGACCAUUGUCAAGGUCUCCGAUGGCUCUUUUGAGGCCACUUUAAACGAAAUGGAUAUUAUGGAGAUGGAGUACAUUGGCUUCAAUCCCAAUGCUUUAAACACUGAUACUGAAGUUGAGGGCCAUAUGGUGUAUGCGAACUACGGAACUGAAAAAGAUUUCAACGAUUUGGCAGAUGCUAACGUGGUCUUGAAGGAUAGCAUAUUGUUAAUCAAGUAUGGUGGUUCCUUACCAGAAGCCAACAAAAUUGAGUUGGCCAAAAAGAAGCAAGUGAAAGCGAUUUUGUUUAUCUCUCACAAGUUUACCACCGGUAAGGAUGAUGACAAGCAAGACAUCGAUACAGUCAUUGAAAGACACAACGUUGGGAACGGCAGAUAUAGUACUGGUGACGUUUUGACUCCUGGUUGGGCUUCAGAGGAUGGUUAUGUUAGUAGAUUGUUAUGGUUCAAAUCUGAGUCCACCCCCAAGCUUCCUACCAUUCCAUUGUCUUACAAGGAUGGACAGGAAUUGCUUUCCAGACUAGGAAAUACAGGUUUUAAAUUUGAACAUGAUAUUUACUCUGGAGACAAAACAGAUGACGUUUCUAAGAGAAUCAAGGUUAGAAUUGGGAAUAAUCACAAGGAUACCCACCAAAUAUGGAAUGUUGUGGGAUCUAUCUUGGGAAGAGAACAGAAUGAGAAAAGUGUGAUUAUAGGUUCCGCUAGAGACUCCUCGUGUUUCGGUACUAUGUCAAGUAAUUCCGGUAGUGUGGUGAUGCUUGAAUUGAUUAAGUUAUUUACAACCAUGCAGAGGAAGUUCAACUGGACUCCGGCAAGAACCAUCACCUUUGUAUCUUUUGAUGCCACCAACUACAAUUUAGCAGGCCUGACAGAAUGGAUAGAAGAUCGAAAGAAAACCCUUCAAGAACAAGGAUAUACUUAUAUUGAUCUUAGUGAUGCAGUUGCAGGAGAUGAUUUGACUAUUAAAGCCAAUCCUUUUUUGCAUGAUAUUAUAAAAGAGUGCCUCAAGAGUGUCGGAAGCUCCACAAUUCAAGCUAGAGGCAACAAGAAACUUCAACAUAAAGAUAAGUCUUUGUCGUUGCACGAACUAUUUAAGCUCAAAAAUAAGGGCCUGGACAGAAUCUCAAAUAACAUGAUUGAAGAAAAAAACUAUGUUCCAUUUAUCAACUUGCUUAAUGUGCCAUCGGUGGAAAUCAAGUUUGAAGGUUACAGUUAUCCUAAGCACUCGUGCUAUGACAAUUUUGAGCAUUUUGAAAAAUCCAAGAUAGAUCCAUCCAUGAAGAAACACAGUCAGCUUGUAGAGUUAUUGGCCAAGUUGAUUUUGAAUUUAGCCGAACAGGCUGUUAUCCCUUUUAAAUUCGGAGAAUUUGUCGACAGGUUAAACGAGUAUCAAGGUGAUUUGGAGAAGUAUAUUAAUGAAGCUAUCAGAACCGAUGGUAAGGCCAAUGAGCCGGUGAUGCAUUUUGAGAAGUUGACCAAAUCGUUCAAUACCUUAAGAGAAUCUGCAAAUCUCUUUGACGAAUGGACUGAUAGUUGGAAGAAAUUCAUUGUGCAGUCUGCUGAGAUGGAGCCUUCAAUACUUGCGAUGAAGAGAUGGAGGUGGAAUGACUGUUUGGUGGAGUUCAAUGAACAGUUUAUUAGUAAAGACAUGCAACAUCCACGUCCUGGGUAUUUGAACUUAUUGUUUGGUAUACCGUACAAUGCUCCUCCAACAGAUAAUGGUCACUACCAGUGGAAUACAUUCCCAGCCGUCAGAGAUUAUGUUGAUCAGAAGGAUUGGGGAAGAGCCCAGUUUGAAAUCGAUAGGUUGGCAAAUAUAAUGGAACUUGCAGCCACUCAGUUUGCAGCCUACUAGAAAAGUUUAGGUUUAUAGGGAUUUGGAAUAUAUGGAUUUAUACAGAGAC